UUUUAGUGUAUUUCCGAGCUCGGUGGUGUAUUUGAACGGCUAGCCGCGGUCACACUGAAGCAAAAACAUUUUUGGCUCGGAGAACGAUUAACACAAGCGGACUGAAAUUUUUUUGUUUUAGUGUUGCGAAAAAGUUUGUGGGAUUUUUCUAAAAUCGCCGGAAAAUGUGAAAAAUAUAUGUUAAUGUGCAAUGUUAGAGCGGCAAACGUCGGCAGUAGCAGCAGCAGCAACAACAUCAACAUCAGCAUCGACAAAAACAACAGCAGCAGCAGCCGAAGCAGAAGCGCCAGCAACAAAAACAAAACGAAACACAACAAACCCAACAACAACAGCCAACAAUGUGAAUUGCUUUUUAUUUCCUUAUUAAUUGUAAACGAAAACCGAAUCAAGUGCAGUAAAAAUUAAACACAAGCAUAUAUAAAUAUAUGGUCAAAAUAUCUAUAUAUUUAUAUCUAUGUGUAACAAAAAGCCGCCAAAAACAAAUCACGUAAAAGAUGUAAGAUAGCGGAAAAAGAAAGGCGGAAAGAAAAGGAAGAGAAAGAGAAGAGAGCCAGACCCAACAACCGUUCUUUUUCGCUCAGUGGAGGCAGGCAGGCAACAACAAACAAACAAACAAGCAAACAAACAAUAACAAGAGCCGCCCAGCCAAGGUCAACUUUUGGUGUUUUUGGGGCCCAACAACACAAAAUGCACGCGUGUGUCUGCUGCUGUUCGACAAACAACAAUUGCAACAACAAGAACAACGACGGCAGCAGCAGCAGUAACCACAACAACAACGACAGCAGCAGCAGCGGCAUCAGUAGCAGCAGCAGCAACAACAACAAAUUGCAGCUAAGAAAGCGCAGGGCAGAAGUCGUCGUCGUUGAAGAAGAAGAAGAGGAGGUACUGGUCAAGCGGGCGCAGGAUAAGUACAAGUAUCAACAGAAGCAGGAGCAGAAGCAUCAGCAGGAGGAGGAGGAACACCAGGCGGUGGAGGAGUUGUCUGCUGGCCAAAGCGCCAGUGGCGGCGACAACGACAACGAUCUCAACGGCGCCGCAACGAGAAGGCGGUGGUGGCUGCGCGAUCCUCCAGGAUCAGCGGAAGCGGCAGAAGGAGAAGGAAAAGGCGAAGGAGUGGGAGUGGAAGUGGAAGUGGGUGUGGGAGCAGCAGGAGCAGCAGCCGGCACAGGACCGACGACGUGGUGGUGGUCAGCUCCAUUCGUUGACGUUGCGGUGACGAUAGCGCCGGCUACGUUGUUGCUGUCGUUGCAGCGGCAAUUAGCAAAGGAAUUAUCUAAAACAAUAAGAACAACAACAAUAAUAACAACAACAACAAAAGCCACAUCCUUAGCAAUAAAAAGCGGAGCAGCAGCGAUAAUAUCAUCAUUAACAGCAAGCAUCGCCACCAUCAUCGAUUACCAGAUCCCAAAACACCAACAUUACCAAAACCAAAUCCCAAUCCUCGCCAGCCACGCCUUUUGAGUGCCUCUUUGUGUGUUGUGUAUUGUGCGUGCGUGCGUGUGUUGCAAAGUGUCCAAACUAAUCAAGAAAUCUACAACUUAAAAACGCUAAACACUAAACACUUAAACAAACAAAACAACCUGUGCAACAACUGUCAAAAGUGACAGGCGGCAAGAGAUUUGAAAACGAAGAAGCAGCACAGGCAUUGUGACAAGUUCCAAAACGAAAAAUCAGAACACAA